AUGGAAGCAGUUGAAGAUAUCCUACAAGAUCAAACCAUGUCUGCCAUUAUCUCAGAAACAAUCACCUCUACAAGCACUGUUGCUACCAACACUAUAACAAUGACGUCCGCUUCCACUACCACUAGUACUAGUACUUCCACCAUGUCUAACAUUAUCCCCUCAGCAGUUGCAAAAAUGGGAUGUAUCAAAAAAUACCUUUCAUCUUGUUCAUGUUGUUCAAACACAUCCUGCUUCAAAAUCUGUUCUGGUAUCGCUGUUGCAAUCUUAUCAUUCCUUCUAUGGAAAUUAUUUAACCGUUCAUCAACUUACGUUAAAUCAAAUGCAAAAUUAGAUGAAAAACCAGUUCCAAUCACUAAGGAAUCUCAAAUUGAUAACAUUCAAUUAAGAUUCCAAAAUGAAUUCGUCACAAAGAUUGAUCCAUUAUUGGAAUCAUUCGAUUCAUCAGAUGAACAACAUAUUUAUAAUCGUAAUUAUUAUAAUGAAAUGUUAUUGAAAUUAUUAAUUGAAUUGGAUGAUAUCGAUUUGACUACUAUUGAUGAUAAACAAACUAAAAUGGAUAUGAAGGAAAAGAGAAAAUUGGUCAUUAAAGAUAUUCAAACUUAUUUGAAAACAUUGGAUUCUUUGAAAUAG